GGGAGGGGCGUGGCCACGUGUCUGGGGCGGGGCGAGACGGCUUAUUGCCGGAAAGGAACCCCAGUCUGUGGGGCCCGGAAGUGGAGCGGCUGCUGAAGUGCGGCUCUGGAAGCGGCGGUGUUUGGCGUCAGUCUGCGAGCUCCGGCGAGCGACUGAGAUGGCGAGCCUGGGUCCGCCUUUGGAGCAGCUUCGGCGCUUGGCAGUGGAGCUGCGGCUGCUCCUGCCUCGCGUGCGGGUUGGCGAAGCCCGGGCGACCACCGAGGAAUUUAAUCGAGAGGUGUUUUGGAGAAGACUCGAUGAGGCAGCUGUGAAAGUGUCAAGGGAGGCCACGGCUCUGACCACAGUCUUCUCUGGACUUCCACUGCCGUCUCCACAGGAAACCCAGAGGUUGUGCAAACAAGUCUGUGCUGCUAUCAAGGCAAUUAUUGCAGUAUACUAUUCACUUCCAAAGGAUCAGGGGAUCACCCUGAGAAAGCUGGUACGAGGCACCACUCUGGACAUUGUGGAUGGCAUGGCUCAACUCCUGGAAGUACUUUUCAUCAACCCAGCUCAGAGCCCUGAGAACAAUGACCUUAUUUCCUGCAACAGUGUCUGGGUUGCGUGCCAGCAGGUGCCUCGGAUACCAAGAGAUAACAAAGCUGCAGCCCUUUUAAUGCUGACUAAGAGCGUGGCUCUUGUGAAGGAUGCAUAUGAAGAAAUGGAGCAGGCUGUGGAAGAAUGUGACCCUUACUCUGGCCUUUUGAAUGACAUUGAAGAGGACACCUCUGACAACUACAACAAUGAGGAUGAUGUGUUGGGGUUUCCAACCAAUCAGGACUUAUAUUGGUCAGAGGAAGAUCAAGAGCUCAUAAUCCCAUGCCUUGCACUGGUGAGGGCAUCCAAAGCCUGCCUGAAGAAAAUUCAGAUCUUAGUGGCAGAGAAUGGGAAAAAAGAUCAGGUGGCCCAGCUGGAUGACAUUGUGGAUAUUUGUGAUGAAAUCAGCCCCAGUGUGGAUGAUUUGGUUCUGAGCAUAUAUCCACCUAUGUGCCACCUGACUGUGCGAAUCAAUUCUGCGAAACUUGUAUCUGUUUUAAAGAAGGCGCUUGAAAUUACAAAAGCAAGUCAUGUGGCCCCUCAGCCAGAAGAUAGUUGGAUCCCUUUACUUAUUAAUGCUGUUGAUCGUUGCAUGAACAGCAUCAAGGAACUCACUCAGGGUGAACUUGAAUUAUGAGUUUUCAGGCUUACUUGUAUUCUCCUCUCUCCCCUCUCUCACUGUCACAGCCAGGCUCUGAUGUCUGCUUUUGAAAUGGAACUAGAAUGCUUGUUGGAUUGAAAGGGAGUUCCUGUCUAUAUUUAACAGGAGACACUAUUGCCAAAGACUGUUGGCUAGGCCAGACUGGAAAUUAUUUAUAAACCAUGUGAGUGUAAUAUAUUUUUCUGUGCUAGAUACAAAAAAUAAUUGCACAGGUUUGUGUUCUGAAUCGCUUCUCAGAGAUUCCUAGGGAAGCUGCCUUAUUCCUUAUUUGCAAUCAAGUAUGUUGUUUUCAUUGUUAAAGAUGUUGAUGGUGUCAAUAAAAUGCUAACCUGCCAGUGAUUAAA